AUGAGCGGAAACCAAACGAUUUCGGAAAAGGAGCUUUUGGACGCCAUAAAAAACCUUUUGCGAAAGAGCGGCCAUCUGAAUAAAUUUCAGGCGGAGAUGCGAGCCAAGGUGAUAGAAAUUCUUCAAGAAAGACAGGCAUCACAAAACACCGGUUCCAAAAGUCCCGGUCCACCGAAACCUACCAACGAAGUGUUACUUAUCAACGAACUGGUGAAAGAGUAUCUAGAGUGGAAUGGUUACCUGUAUACUGCGUCGGUUAUGACGUCAGAGGCAGCCAUGCCUGAGGAGAAGAAGACCAGGGUAGAGCUCUGCGCUGAAGUAGGGGUGAAAGAUGAUGAGAAAUCAUCAGCUCUGCCGCUACUGUCGAACAUUGUAGCCGCGUAUACAGAACGUAUUAAGAGGAAGAUUAACAAGGUCAAGAAAGAUAACCAUUGA